CUCCAUUAAUGAUCGGUUGGGUGGGAAACACGGAAGUUUGGGUUGACCCUCUCAGAGUAUCAUAGGAGGUUAGACUUACAUAAUAGAGGUGCAGUCAAGGAGCCAGACGGAGCAGUCUGAGUGACCCAGUCGAAGCCCCGCACCUGUCAGAAUUUGAGUUUACUCUUCUGUAAAUGGGAAUAGCAAUCAUGCACAGGCACAAGAUUUCCAUGAUAGUUGAGUUAGAGGAGACGAUGUGUGUGCCAUUACGCCCAGUGAUACAGCAACGUGUAGUGGACGAUCACGGUAGCUAUUAUUACCAUUAUAUGGAUUUUGUGGAGGGUCAGAGGUGUGGCAAUGGGAGAAAGACAGGGUAGAGUUUAGAGGUGACGAUAAAGGCGUGAAUAUAGGGGUGACCAGGCUGGAAGGGGGAGAUAUAGUGAAAGAUGUGACUCUGCGGUCAGGUAGUAUGGGACCCGAGGAUGAUAAGGGCAGAUUUGGAGUGUGACCGAAAUGAGGGUGGGCUCUUAAGUGAGGACAGUAGGAAAGGGAAAUGAAAUGUGACGGCGUCCUAAGGGACGGGGGUGGGAGCGGUAUGUCUUGGGUGACCAGGGUUGCUGAGGUGCUUUGUGACUUUAGAUUUCCCACGGGAGGAGCCUGCUUGAGGCGGGCGGAGCUACGAGCUGGGUGCGGCUCUGGCUGCGGCUCUGGCUGCGCACAUCUGCCGGUUUUCCUCUCAUCCGCACUGCAGCCUCCAGCCUGAGCAAUGGGGUGCCCUGUCCUGCUUCUGCUCCUGGCUUUCCUGAUGCCGGGGGUUGCCAUCCCCAUACCUCCAGCCCUAAGGGCUCUGAGCAACCUGCACUUGUCAACCAGCUUCACAUCCCAUUCUGCCGUAGUCAGGAAGUACUCGAUUCACUACUUUGAACAGAAGGUUGAUCAUUUUGGAUUUAAGACUGAUAAAACUUUUAAACAGCGUUACCUAAUAGCUGCUCAGCACUGGCAGAAAGAGGGUGGGUCCAUACUUUUCUACACUGGUAAUGAAGGGGACAUUAUCUGGUUUUGCAACAAUACGGGGUUCAUGUGGGACGUGGCUGAGGAACUGAAAGCUAUGUUGGUGUUUGCUGAACACAGAUACUAUGGAAAGUCGCUACCUUUUGGUGCCAACUCUUUCAAGGAUUCCAGGCACUUGAAUUUUCUGACUUCAGAACAAGCUCUGGCUGAUUUUGGAGAGUUAAUCAAACACUUGAAAAGGACAAUCCCGGGAGCUGCAAAUCAACCUGUCAUUGCCCUGGGGGGCUCUUACGGUGGCAUGCUUGCAGCCUGGUUCAGGAUGAAAUAUCCUCAUGUGGUGGCUGGAGCUCUUGCAGCCUCUGCCCCUAUCUGGCAAUUUGAGGAUCUAGUACCUUGUGGUGUAUUUAUGGAAAUUGUAACUACAGAUUUUAGGAAAAGUGGCCCAAAUUGUUCUGAGAGCAUCCGCAGUUCCUGGGAUGCCAUUAAUCGACUCACAAGAACGGGUACUGGCUUGCAUUGGCUUUCUGAAGCCCUUCACUUAUGUACUCCAUUAACAAAUUCUCAGGAUGUUCAGCGUUUGAAAGAUUGGAUCUCUGAAACCUGGGUAAAUCUGGCAAUGGUGGACUACCCUUACAAGUCUGACUUUUUACAGCUUUUGCCUGCGUGGCCAAUCAAGGUGGUAUGCCAGUAUUUGCGAAAUCCCCAUGUAUCAGAUACACAGUUGCUGCAGAAUAUUUUUCAAGCUCUGAAUGUAUAUCACAAUUAUUCAGGCCAGGCGAGAUGCCUAAAUAUGUCAGAGAUAGCAACUAGGAGUCUGGGAACCCUGGGUUGGAGCUAUCAGGCCUGCACAGAAAUGGUCAUGCCCUUUUGUACAAACGGGAUUGAUGACAUGUUUGAACCUCACUUAUGGGACUUGAAGGAAUUUUCAGAUGAUUGUUUUAAACAGUGGGGUGUGAAACCAAGGCCCUCCUGGAUCACUACUAUGUAUGGAGGCAAAAACAUCAGUUCCCAUACGAAUAUCAUUUUCAGCAAUGGUGACCUAGACCCCUGGUCAGGAGGUGGAGUAACCAAGAACAUCACAGACACCUUGGUUGCCAUCACUAUCCCAGAAGGGGCCCAUCACCUAGAUCUUCGAGCCAACAAUGCCCUUGAUCCCGAGACUCUGCUAUUAGCCCGCUCCUUGGAAGUUAAAUACAUGAAGCAGUGGAUCAGAGAUUUCUAUGCCAGUCUGAGAAAGACACACUGAGAAACUUUUGAUCAUUUUCAGUUUCUUCUUUUAUGUUCAUUCCACUCACAUUCCCAUUCACUUUGGUUUUCUACACAAAAUUACUUUCCCGUGUUUAUCAUUGGAUUUGCCGGGGCAAAGGCUGAGACAGAAGAGAGGGUGAUGGUGGUGACAGCAGCCACCCCACACCCCAGGUCCUUGCCUUCUUUGACCACUUCCGGAAAGAAUCUCUUUGUGGCAGCUUUGUCUCCUUACCAGGGCCCUCAUAACUGCAGCAGGGUUCCUGCCUUUCCAAGAGAGGAAGUCCAUUCCUUUGUUUCUCUGCAAGCAGGGAUUUUUCUCUUGGUUCUUAUACUGAAGUCUCUUUGGCCCAUUUGUCAUUCCCCACCCACCCUUGUCCUCCCAAAAUGAAAAGUAUAAAGAUGAUGCAAAUGCAGCUGAUAGGAAGGAUGUCUGAUGCCAACCCAGGAAAAAGCCAUUUCUGUGGUACUUGAUUUAACAACUUGGAACUGUGCUGUAAAUACAGAGUAGGGUGGCAUCUUGUCCCUGUGUCCUGCUCCUGCAGCUUGGGAUUGCUCUGUGCACUGGGCUUGGCUGGUUUUGGAAAGUCCUUUAAUUCUCUGUCUUCUACUUGGCAGCUUUUCUUAGUUCUGGGAUGUUUGCCACUGUGGAACUGCCAGUGAGAAAUCUGGCCUCUUUGCUCCAUUUCUCUUUGUUUCUAAGGUCAGUUUUGUGGUAAUUUGGUUACAUUUUGUCAGUUUGGGAAAAUGACUCUGUUUUGCUUUUCCUUUAACAUCAGAGCAGGCCUUUAUAUGCUGUGGUCACUGAUGAUACUUUCUUAAGAAGCCAUUAAAAAUUGAUGAAUCAACUAUUGAAAAAGUGGACUGUAGUUAUGUUCAACUUUUUAAAAAAAUUUUUAUUUCCUGGUGGUUGAUGCUGCUGCCAUUGAAGCCAGAAGUGUCAGGACGUUAAGAGGCAGGUACACGAGAACUUUCUGUGUGGCUCCAAAAGGCAAGCUAAUUCAUGCGGGCAGCAUAUUUGACAUUAAUAAAUGACUGAGCUGUUGCUGUUUUCAAAGGGUUGACUUCUUUCAAGCAGUUCUUACACUGAAACCUUUCUUCAGAAGAGCUUUUCUAGGAUAACAAAUAGGGUUGGAUCCAAACCUUUCAGGGGUACAGAGAGAUUCUGUUCAAAGAUUUCUUCCCUCUGUUUUUAAUUUUUCUUAAAAAAUUAGUUUUCACCCUUCAUUUUCUGUUUUAAAAAAUUUACUGUGAUCUCAAUUUAAAGUGUCUACAAAGUGAAUUACUGGAUGAGAGACUGAAAUAUUUCCCUUAUUUUCCCUGGUAUCUGGAAGGCACAGAAAAAUCUUUGGUUUCAGAAGCCUCUGGUUCUCAUUGUAAUUAAUGCGUUGCCUAUCAAAGCAUUCGGUCACUAUUUUCAUUUCAACAUGACAGAAAAGUAUACUGUGGUGGGAAUUUAAGGCUUAAAACAAUACUAGUUUCUAGUUUUUGUUCUUUUUCAAGUAAAAGGUUACAUAAUGCUGAGUUUAGGGGGCUUAAUAGAGGAUAUUCUUACUAUUUUAGGAUACUAUUGAUUUUGGGAUGUUUUUCUUGAAAUCUUUUUCCUUGCUUAAAAUCUUUAAAAUAUUUACCUACUUCAUUUAAUAUUAAAUCUGUUGAUGAACUGUAUUUUUGUGAAAAGAAUAAUUGCCAAAAAUGUCUAUUUUUCUGCAAUUACAAUUUGGUUUUAUUUUUUUCUUUACAUUUUUUGACAGAUGGCAUCCUUAAUUAAAGUUAACCUUAUUAUGCUGAAAUUUAUUUUAAACUGAAGAAUUAGAACAUCAAAUAAACCUUAUUUAAAGCAUCUCUAAUAGAUGAUGCUUUUGAUGGGAGUGGGCUGAGAUGGGAGUAAAAGACAGAAAACUGUACUUGAACAAUAAUUAAAUAAAUAAAUAUAUAAAUAUGC